CGGCAACUUAUUACCCCUCCCUUCAUGGUGCCACAAACGCGAUAGUACUUACCAGACUUGCGCGUUCACCCAGCUUCCUGUUCGCCGGAAAACCAUCAACAAAGCGCAAGUGUUGCGGAUAGGAUCAACAUUGGAACCAGCACAAUGGGCUGGCUUGAUGGGUGGUUCGGGAGCAGCUCCAGCAGUGACGAGUCAGACCCCCUGGGGAAGCUCGAUCCCAAGCUCCGCGAGUUCCUUGCCCGGGAGUCCCCCGUCAAGUACACGACUCAGCAAGAGCAGGAGCAGCAGCAACAAUCACAGCAUCCCAGCAGUAGCACUCCAGCGAAGGCGCCCGUACCGACAGCGACAGCGACAGCGAAAGCGUUAGCGACCGACAAACAGCAGCAGCAACAACAACAAAUCCAAGACGAACAACAACAACCAGCCGUACCACGCGCCUCCCUCUACCAAGAUGGCCGCUACGCGCACCUCUGGAAGACGUACCGGCCGCAGUACGAGAUCGAGGCCGAGACCAAGACGGACCACGAGAAGCUGAUGGACGUGCUGGAAGGGUUCAAGGAGCGCAAGGCGAUGAUUGGCAAAGCGGCGCUGGAGAACUGCGCCGAGGAGCAGCUGGAUUGGAACAACUGUAUGAAGCACGGCAGCUGGGCGGAUCGCGCGACCAUGUGUCGCGAUACGGUGAGGAAGUUUGAGAGGUGCUAUAAUAUGCAAUCGAAACUCCUAAAAGCCCUAGGCUACCUCCAAACCUACGACCGCUCGCCCGAAGUAGACGAGGACAUCCAAAUGCACGCCGACACUUUGUACCACAGGAUGCUAGACCAAGAAGCGGAGAUCGAGAAGUGCAAAGCCGAGGGUCGGCCAGUUCCUGCGUUCCCGUCCCUGUUCGAGAACAGCACCUACAAAGUCCCCGUUUAUCCGACUAAAACAUCGACUGUCCCUCAGCCCGGAGCAACAGCAGCUGGUGCAGGUACAGAACCUGGGAAGGAUCCUUACGAACCAAGCCAGGCCAUCGUGGAGUCGUGGCAGGAGAAACUGGCCAAGCUUCCGGAGACGGAGCGGGUCGCGGAAGAAGAGGCGCUCAGGGCUGAACACAGGGCCAAGGCGAUCAUGGCGAAGAACCUCCAGGAGUUGUGGAAUGAGCAGUCUAAGGAGAGAGAGCAGCGCAGGAUGGAGGGCAAGGAGACUAUUGGAGACAAGAUCAAGCGGGUUCUUGGAACGCCGAAUUACUAAAGAGCGUUGAGAUUCCAGGUGGGUCGAGGGAAGGGGAAUGAGAAUGCGCGAUGAACAACAGAUUUCGGAUGUAACAGUACGACUUAGCCAACUAGAUGUAGAUAUAUUUGAGAUAUAAAGGAGACUAUCACAGUAAAAUCGGUGUUGCCCACUGCCUUCGAGCCAACUUGGACAUCACUUCU